UUUGGCUGCCUUGGUGACAGGAAGCUGCAGGCCUAUCAGGUUAACACACACCUUGUCCCAUAUUCCCUUACACUCGACCUGCAUUAUUGAGAAGUUUGCCUGAAAGAACACUCCCGAAUUAGCUGCCUCACGGAGAGGAGCCCCGACGAGACCGGAGCGAGAGCUUUACGUUUAUAGACGUAUAAUGUUUGCUGCAGCCACUAAAAACUUUGUGAAGCAGGUUGGAGACACGGGGCGGUUGAUCCCCGUCCCGAGCCUGAGCGAGGCCGACCGCUACCAGCCCCUCAGCCUGGUCACCAAGAAGAGGAAGAGACACUUCUGGAAGAAGCACAAAUACGCCUCGACUCCCUUCUCACUCAAAGACAUCCUGGUAGGGGAGAAAGAGAUCACAGCAGGAGUGUCGUCUUAUCAGCUCCUCAACUACGAGGACAAAUCUGACGUGGCCCUCAGCGGCCGGUUAGGAAACCACAUCAUCAACGACGUGGGGUUCAACAUCAGCGGGUCGGACUCCGUGGCCGUCAAAGCGUCUUUUGGCAUCGUGACCAAACACGAGCUGGAAGUCCCGACUUUACUGCGAGAACUAAACUCCAGGAAGGUGGACCUGGACCACUGCCUGGUUCGCCAGUCUAAGGAGAAUGGACGCAGCGUCCUCUGUGUGGUGGUGGAGAGUAUCCGAACCACCCGCCAGUGCUCUCUGACCGUCCACGCCGGCAUGAGAGGGACGACGAUGAGGUUUCAGAUCGAUGACGGCAGAAACCCCAAAGGUCGAGACAAGGCCAUCGUCAUCCCGGCUCACACCACCAUCGCUUUCAGCACCUGUGAGCUGUUUGUUCGACUGGACGGGCGCCUUGAUAUCUGUGUAGCUCCCGAGUCUCAAGGAGGAUUUGAGCGGGAGCAGAUCCGGGAGCAGCUGGGUGGCUUCAUCGGCCACUUCUCAAUGGGUCGACUGCGCCGGUUCCUGUCUGGGAUCAUCUAUGGGAACCCCUUCAGAGCCGAUGACCGAACCUUCGAGGAGCUCACCCACUCUGACACCUACAUGGACGACAUGGUGACCGACUAUUACGAGAAGUCAGCCAGCAUGACGGACGUGUCCACGGCCUACCUGAGGGAGAGCUCCCACACACGGGUCAACCUCCUCAAACACAACAUCCCUAAGGGCCCCUGUGCGCUCUGUGGCAUGGGGUCCCAGCGGCGGGAGACCGUCUAUGGCUGCUUGGAGUGCGCUACCGGGGGACAGAAAUAUGUCCGGCUGCAUGUCGUGCCCUGCUUCGAUGUCUGGCACAAAACCCUGAGGUGAAAAUGUUUUUGCCAAGCUGUCGUAAAAAUAGAAAUAAAUUUUUUAAAAAAAUGGACCGACAGCAUCAGCGCCCCACGCCAUCAUCACUCCAGCAGCAGCCGACUGUUUCAGAAAAAGAUACAUAUCAUUUUCAGUUUACCUUUUGGCACCGUCCCAUCACCACACGUGUGCUCUGGCUGCCAGCUGAUGAAUUAAUCACAGAGGGCGUUAAGAAUUAAUAAGAGGGGAGGAGGCUUUGCUCAGUUCCAAGUGUGUCAUUGACUUUUUGU